CCUUCUUCACAUCUGCAGUCAGACUCAGCCCCGAAGCAAGAAUGGCCAACGUUAAGGAAGUCCAGCGCAUCAUUGACAACAACAAUGUUGUCGUCUUCUCCAAAACCUGGUGCCCUUACUGCAAAGCCACCAAGCAGACCCUCAACGACCUCAAGGCCCAGUACGAAGUCGUCGAGCUAGACAACCGAAACGACGGCGACGAGCUCCAAGACGCCCUCCUCGAAAUCAGCGGCCAGCGCUCCGUCCCCAACAUCUUCUUCGGCAAGAAGCACAUUGGCGGAAACUCGGACCUGCAGGCCCUCGCCAAGAGCGGCCAGCUCAAGGCGCGGCUGGAGGAGGUUGGUGCAUUUGCGUAAGCGCUCGACUGAACAAUAGAACGAAGAAGAAAAUAUAGAAACGAGGAGUGAAGAACCAUGUGGCUGAUGGUCGCCAUGUCUGUCCUUGCCAGAAGAGAGGGACAAUCAAAGAUUUAGAUGGAAGAGAGGGAUAAACGAGGACAAAGAUAGGACUUUUGCGUGACAUGAAAGAGGCGCUUGAUUGUGGUUUGGCGAUGCCGUCCGGUCGAAUAGAGAUUGUGCUUGAUG